CAACAAAUCUAUAAAGAUCGCUGUGUCCUGUGUUUGUGUCUAUCCAUUCCAUUUCCAACACACACACUCUCUCUCUCUCUCUUUGGGUUUCUUUCUCUCUCUUGGUUCAUCAUGGAGGAGCAGUGUAGUACGUCGUCGUCGUCGAUCGGGAGGAACAGCGACGUGUCGUCGGAGAGAUCAACGGAGGAAGGAGAAAACGAGGUGGAGAGUCCAUUCCAUGGACCUUUGCUUGCUAUGGAAACUUUGGAAGAGGUUCUUCCCAUCAGGAGAGGCAUUUCGAACUUCUACAAUGGCAAGUCAAAGUCAUUCACGACCCUGGCUGAUGCUGUGUCUUCCCCAUCAGUGAAAGACAUUGCAAAGCCAGAGAAUGCUUACGCCAGGAGGCGUAGGAAUUUGAUGGCAUUGAAUCACGUUUGGGACAAGAAUAGAAAUUACCCUUUAAGAAGCAGUGGUGGUGGCAUUUGCAAGAGAUCAAUCAGCUUGAGUAGAAGUACUCUGGCUCUUGCAGUUGCCAUGAACAAUUCUGACAGUAGCAGUAGUAUCACAAGUGAAGAUUCUGGCUCCAGCUUGAAUUCGUUACCCUCACCCUCACAACUACCACCACUUCAUCCGCGAAAUAGAAUGUCUUCUUCUGGUGCAGCUCCAUGCUCUCCCUCCUGGAGAUCGUUUUCCUUGGCUGAUCUACAACAGCAUUGUGCCAUUGCUGCAACCAUAAAGAUAUCAAGUUCCUCCAUUGGAAAUGAAACAGCUCAUGGAUCAUAGUAAACAAAGAGGAUAACAAACUAUGUUAUUAACUUUUAGUUAUUUGAAUGAAUCUCUUGCUCUAGUCCUAUUUGUUCGAGCGAGCAAGUUGUAGAAGCCGUGCCUUUGUGUACGAUCCCUUCAAAUUAACUAAGUAGGAUAUAAUAUUGCUGGCCCUUUGAGCGUUAAGCCCUCCCUUUCUUGUAGUGCUAAAUAGUAAUCUCAAAUAUACAUACUCAGCAACGUGACAACGUUCACAGGCCAACCAGAUCAGCAAAGGCGUCAUCCACUUAAUGAAUAAAUUCUAAAAACAUGGAGAAUUUGUAUUAAUCGUAUCAUCGUGGAAAAGUAGCAAAACGAAACGAAAUAUCCAAGGGUAAAGACAUUUCUAUUGCUAGCCCAACUUUUGCAGCUGAAACCAUGUGAGAAUCGUCACUUAUAUUUCUUUUCAAGUUCAAAACUGUCCAACACAAGUCGCCUUUGACAAUUUGUUUCAUUCAAUUAUUGCGUUAAAACAUAGGUAUGUAACAAGAAAAAAUUUGCGAUUGUCUGUCGUUCAUUUGCUGCCAAACGCAACAAUCUAACUAAAAUUAUGAUCACAUGUUAGAGCAAAACAAAAACAAAGGUAACUCGAGAAUAUUCGAAGCUUAAGGGUACUCGAAAUCCGAGAAUGCAUGAUAUCGUGGGUGAUCAGAAAAUAAUAAAAGGAAGUUCUGGAAACAUAUAAAGUACAAGAAGAAUCAAGAGGUACUCAAAUAUAUCUUUCGCGAAGCACUCAAAAUCCUUAAAAUUCUGUCACUCAUAAAAUGUUUCGUAGUUUCGCAACCUCUCAAAGUGAAGGAAUUAGAAGAGACAUGAUUAGAAACAGCUUCUGAGUUGACAAAGUACAUGUGAAGUACAAGAAGAAUUAGAAGAUAUUCGAAUAUAUCUUUCGCAAAUCACUCAAAAUUCCAGGAACCCGGCUAUUCAUGAACAUGUUUCACAACCUCUCGAAA